GUACUUUGUCCCCUUGUCCCAUACAUGACGUAACCCAGUUUGUUGAACUACUCGCAAAAGUAAAAUAAAAACGUCUCAAAUCAUGUGAAAAAACUUGGAAUUAUACAAUUAAAAAAAAUGCUUGACGAUGCCAACUACAGCUGUGCCCAAACGCCUGAAUCUUUCAGCUGUGAACUUUGCACUUUUAAAACCGACUUGAGGCUCAUUUUGCAUCACCACACCCGCAAUUUCCACCACAACUCAACGGGAAACGAAACCCGUGAAAAAAUCCUAAAAUACAAAUGCUCCAAAUGUGACCUUAAAACUUGCUCAGUCCUGCUAUGGCUGAAGCACAAUUUGCGAAAAAACUUAGAUAUUAGUGAAUUCACAACAUCUAAACCAGUCUGUCGCUUCUAUUGCAAUUACUGUCCUUUUAAAGCCGCUCAAAAAAUCACCCUACAAUUGCACACCGUCAGCAAACACACCCCACUUGAGGAAAUCGCUUGGUUCCAAUGCGAACAGUGCGAUUUUAAAGGCAAACAUAAAUCGUCUUUAGCUAAACACGUCAAACGCCAACACACCAACACUGACGAGGUUCAAAUCAAGUGCGAUCUGUGCAAUUAUACAACAAAUCGCCAAGAUAAUUUAAGGAGACACAAAAGUUACAAUCAUUUGCCACCUAGUGUUAUCUACGAGUGUAGGGAAUGUCCGUUCAAAACGAAACAUCGGGGCGACUUGAAGCGCCACCACUUAAAACGCCACACUGACUUAAAGUUAAGUAACGAAAGUGUGAAGCGUGAAACCAAAUUCUCUUGCGAUUUUUGUCCCUACAAGACCCCGUAUAAACUGUGCUUGAAGCAACACGUCAUCAGACGCCACACAGCACCUGAAGAGGUCGAGUGGUUUGAGUGCGAUCAGUGCAGUUACAAGGGGAAAUGCAAACAGUAUCUCAACGAUCACAAAAAAAUGCAGCACUCUGACAGCAGUGUCCAGAAGUUGGCUUGCAAUGAGUGUCCGUUUAAGACAACCUCUGAGGACGAUUUGAAAAAACAUGUCGCUAAAAGACACUCUUCGAAGAAGUUGCACGAGUGUCCGCAUUGUUUUUUCACAACGCAUCUUCCGUUUUUCCUGAAACGGCAUAUAGUUGUUGAACACACUGAGCCUGGGGAUAUCAAGUGGUUCCAGUGCGAGCAGUGUGACUAUAAAGGCAAACUUAGGUGUAAUUUGACGAGACAUAUCAAGUCGGUGCAUAAGAGUGGCGAGGCGGAGAUGUUUCACUGUGAUUUGUGCGAGUACAAGUCGAAGAAGAGGGGGAAUGUUAAGAGGCAUAAGAUUAGUAUACAUCUAGCUAAACAAAAAAUUCAGGAGGUGUUGUGAAGAAAGUCUAUUUUUAUCUUCGUUUUUUUAUCAAGCUCCAGUGCUAGGAAAGUGAUAAAUUUGUUUGUUCGUUUGAUAUUAUAAUAUUGUUGGCACCACUUAUUAUUUUAAACAAUACCUACACCCACUUGGAAACUACUAUCUUCAAUUUGUUUUUUUAUGUACAUAUUUAAUAAUAAAAACUGGAAACCUA